AUGGAUCUUCGAAAGUUGAAAAAAUCUAGAGCUGCCCAUCGAGUUUUCGCAAAAAGAUUGGUGGAGCAGGGGAAUGCUUUAUACGGUAAAGACGCAUCUGAGCGCGAGGAGUUCGAAGCGCAAGAGCUUCUCGGCGCGUUAGAAGACAAGAUGUCACGACUACAAGAGGUCGAUAAUAACAUUGAAUCCUUGAUGGCAGAUAGUGAGGAAUAUGACGAGAAUAAUCUACUCCAAGAGCUCGAGGAAUGCGCGGAGUUGAGUCGCAAGAUGAAUAAAGUGAUCAUGCGUUUGAAGUCUUUGGUAGAUGAUGAUUGCGCAAGUACGGCGUCAAGCUCGACCACUGUUAAGAAAGUUCAUGCGAGGCUCCCCAAGCUUGAGGUGAAGAGAUUCUCUGGGGCGAUCUGCGAGUGGCAAGAAUUCUGGGACUCCUUUGAAAGUGCUGUCCACUCAAAUGACGACCUUGGCGACGUGGACAAGUUUAACUACCUACGAGGGCUCCUACAAGACUCCGCUAAAGCGGCCAUUGCGGGGUUUUCCCUGACUUCCAACAACUACAAGGAGGCAGUAGAGCUUUUAAAACGUCGUUACGGGAAAAAGGAGGUUGUACAGAGAGCACACAUGGAUGGACUGUUGAAUGCAGCUCCCGUGUUUAGCGACAAGGACAUGGCGAGGCUUAGAACAUUCUGUGAUCUCGUCGAAACCCACUUCCGUGGCCUCGAAGCGUUAAAGAUGGACAGCAGUACGUACUCGUGCAUUGUGGUGCCCGCGCUGAUGGAAAAGCUGCCAGAAACCCUUAGGCUGACGUUGACGAGAGGACAAAAGUUCCUCGAGUGGUCAAUAGGCGAUUUCGUGGAAAAGUUGAGAGCAGAAGUGGAGCUACGAGAGAACCACAAGCUGGGAUCGUCAUCAAGUAGAAAUCAUCGUCUGCGCGGAGGAGAGAAGACCAUGGCCAGCGGAAGUGUUCUUGUGACGAAUUGA